UCCCCUAUAAAUACCAAACCACCACAAGUGAAACAACACAAACUACAAAGAGAAACACACAAAAGUGAAGUCAGUCAAAUUCAAUUCAAAACAAUCAACCAUGGUUGCAAGAAGUGAGAAUCUUGAUCGGACUGUGGAAGGUACGGCGGGAAAUAACGAAAAACUUGAGAGGACGGUGGAAGAUAAGGCGGCGAACUGUCUGAUGCUGUUAUCAAGAAUUGGAGAAAACGGCGGAGGAGGCCGAGAGAGUCGUGUUUACAGAUGCAAAACGUGUAUGAAAGAGUUCUCAUCGUUCCAAUCUUUAGGAGGCCAUCGCGCAAGCCACAAUAAACACGUUAACAACAGCAGCAGCGACGAACAGUCGUCACUUUCUUCGGGAUCCAUCGCUAAGACCAAGAGGAAGACCACGAACACAACAAGGUCGCAUCCUUGUCCGAUAUGUGACGUGGAUUUUCCGAUAGGACAGGCUCUUGGUGGUCACAUGAGGAAGCAUAGGAACGAGGAAGAGGCUAGCGGCGCGUUGGUUACACGCUCUUUUUUCCCUGAGGCGGCGACUUCGAUGAUUACGACAUUGAAGAAAUCGAGUAGUGGGAAAAGAGUUGCGUGUUUUGACUUGGGGCCAGAUUCUGUGGAGAGUAGCAUCAAUUUGAACUUGGAAUUAGGAAGUAGCAUGUACUGAUUUUCCAUAUUCAUCUGGAUAUAGUUCCUAUUCCUUAGUUUUAUAUAUAGAGUAAGCUAGCAUCUUGAUUUUGCAUAGAGUUGUUGUAUAUGGGAUAUGAUUUUACAUGAAAGCUCGCAGGGUUGAGAUAUGAAUGUUGCAGUAGUUUUGAAACUAGAAUAUAACCGUUGUUACAGGUCUAGUUGUUAUGGUUAACCACAACUGAAUUUGAAAAGUUUCAUGAUCACUGACAAUUCAGAACAGAUGUUUGUAUUUGAGUAAUGU